UUUAAACAAAAAAAAUUCAUCUCUUUCUCGAUAUAAUCUGUGAGAGCGUCUUCUUCUCACGAAACCCUAAUCUUCCAAUUCCGCUACAUUUUCCCGAAAAUCCUUCUACUCGGAUCUCGAAUCUGUAUUCUCAGCUGCUGAAAUCUCCGGGGAAUGCAGAGAACGUUUUGCUGCGAGUGCUGGAAGGAAUCCCUCUGUCAAGGGAUUGUCAUCGUAGGGCCUAAAGCAAGAACCAGGGACAAACCUUGGGAUAACCUCUAAUUCCCGAUAUAUCCAAUUUAAGGCUUUUCAAGGACAAAGAACAUGACUCGGAUUUUGGUUCAACGAGGUUCAGCUGGCAGUUCUUCUAACUCAAGCCGUGCUUCUUCCUCUUCCUCGUCUGGCUCGUCUUCUUCCUCAGGAACAGAGCCACAGACGAGCAGUAAUGUUCAGGUUCCUCCAGUAACUAUUGAUGAAGAAGUUAUUGAUGAGAAACAAGAAGAGGUUACUGUAGCUGAACAAGCAGAGUGUUCUGAAGCUAAGGAUGUAUCACUGCUCAGUGAUGAUCCUGCGGAUAGAGAAGAUGUUGAAGCGUUGGUGGUUUCGGAAAAUGUUGAUGUUGAAAGUGAAGGUAUAGUCUCUGAUUCUCCAGUUAGUGUUGGCGAUGACCCUGAUUCACCACCCUUGCCUGUUCCGCCACCAAAGCCCUCUUCGAAUGUUGCUCCUGGUAAUAAGAGGUCGGUCUUGGGAAGUUUUGGCGCUUUACGAAUUGGUGCAACGAGAAGAGGAGCUGGUCCUCGCUCUCUUGUUUCCACUAGGAGUUCGCCAACUGGAUCUCGUCCUUCUUCUCCUAGAUCACACAGUGAGAACGAAGGCUAUAACAGUUCCGAUGAGCAUAUGCCAUGCUUUGUACCCUCUCAUGCUGGCUCUGGCUUGGAAAGAGAACAUCAGUUUGAAGCCGAGAUUAGACAAUCAAAAGGAUUUGAAAUUAGGCGUAUGUUGGAAGAUGGAAAUUGUCUUUUUCGGGCUGUUGCAGAUCAAGUAUAUGGGGACUCAGAUUCGUAUGACUUGACUAGGCAAAUGUGCAUGGAUUACAUGGAACACGAGAGGGAUCACUUUUCUCAGUUCAUAACUGAAGGGUUUAACUCUUACGUGAAGAGGAAAAGAAGAGAUAAGGUCUAUGGAAACAACGUGGAGAUCCAAGCUUUAGCAGAAAUGUAUAAUAGGCCUAUCCACAUUUACUCUUACAGCACAGAGCCUAUUAACAUAUUUCAAGGGAACUACAACACCGAUACACCUCCCAUAAGGCUGAGUUUCCACCACGGGAAUCAUUACAAUUCGUUGGUGGAUCCACAUCGGUUGACAGUUGGUGCAGGCCUUGGAUUUAGUAGCCUUAGUGGGAGACACGUGGACGGGGAGCAGGUGAAAGCUGCUAUAAAGGCUCAGCAAGAACAUCAGAUUGAUAAUGCGCUCUUAGCAGAAGGGAGAUAUUACUCUGAUCUUGAGCUUACGGAAAAGGAAAUCGAACGGUCGGUAAUGGAAGCCUCCCGUGCUGAGUAUCUUACGGAAUGGUCUAAGCCACGAAUUGGUCCCAAGGAAUCAUCCACCUCGAACGCUGAGACGUCUUCCUCUGGAGCUACAGGAACCUCAGGAAGUGAGGCAGUAAAAGAACAGGCGGUGCUGAGCAGCAGCAUUGAGAUGGUUUUGUCGAUGGGAUUUAGCUACACGCAGGCCAUGGAAGCUUAUAGCAUUUUCGGGGAUGAUGUUGACUCUAUGGUCUGCUAUGUACUGGAGACGAGCUGUGGCGGCAACAACCGACGCAAAGGCAAAGCCGCGGAAUAGAGAAAAUGUGACAUGAGUUGCUCUGUAUUGCUAUAUAUGAAACCACCAAUUCGUAUUCCUACCAAGUAUCAAAACGUUUGGGCGAUUAAUAUUACCUUUAUCAGAAUACAUGAAUAAACUUCUGCAUCAUGACAUGUAUGUGUAUGUUUGUGGUCUCUGUACUCUUAGUUGUACUAGUUGAAUAAGAGAGAAAAAGUAAAACACUUUUCUAUUG